UGUAUAACACAUUUGUGUUAUUAGAAAGUGUGAGUUUUCUUUCUUUCCUUUAGAAUUAUAAAAUAAAAUUCUCUCAGCAUGCAGUCUUCAGACCCAAGUGUUCAGCCUGCAAGGGGGCAAGAAUGGUCCACUGGCUUCUUUGAUUGCUGCUCUGAUGUCCCAAACUGUUGCCUUACGUGUUGGUGUCCAUGCAUUACAUUUGGCCGGAUAGCUGAGAUUGUCGAUCGAGGAUCCACAACUUGUCAAACAAGUGGAGCUCUGUACGCAAUACUAGCUGUUUUGACGGGAUGUGCAUGCUUGUAUUCUUACUGUUACCGUAGCAAGAUGAGAAAGGAGUAUGAGCUUAAAGGAAAUGCGUGUGAAGAUUGUUUGGCUCAUUGUUGCUGCGAGUUAUGCGCUCUCACCCAGCAGUAUCGCGAACUUCAAAAUCGAGGGUUUAACAUGUCAAUUGGGUGGAACGCAAAUAUGGAGCAAAUGAGUCAUGUGGUGGUCGUGACUAGGGCCCCUGUGGUGGAAGUUGGCAUGACCAGAUUAAUGUAGAACUUGAACUGUGUGCUGCUGGAAAUGUUCUUCUAGAAUUUGAAUUAGAGUUUGGAUACGAUAUGAUAAUAAAAGAUUAAUAAAAUAUUAUAUUAUUA